ACUUCUAAGCUUCAGCCCUGCCUAAAUACUAGACGCAGAUAUAGCAGCGCACCAGAUACGGUCUAUAGUGAACCCUUUGUUCUCGCUACGGAAACCAUCUUCGAAUUUCUCACCAAGGUCAAUCCUGAUGACCGACUAAGUCUCCGGUUCAUUCAGCAUUCCUUACCUGAGCUUCGAUUCUCUUCUCUUAAUUCAAUCUCUAAUAUCGGAUUUAAUCACGAUUGUCUUCACCGUGGUAAAAAUCAACCAAAAGAGUCUCAUUCUCAUUAUUAUUCAGUACAUCUGCGAGAAUGUAAACUGCUUCAUCAGCGCUUGCAAGCCCAAAAUCUAGCUUAUGCUUGUCUGGCUGAGAAGCAUCGUCGUUGCCAGCAAGACAUUACAGAAGCUCAUGAGCGCUUAGCCCGAUUUGACGAGCUUGAGGAAGGCCUUCAUUCCAAAGUGAACAGGCUGCGGACUGAACUGGAGGCUAGUGCCAAACACAUCUCAAAUAUUACUCAUGAACUUAUUCGAUAUAAGACCAAAGGGACCCCUUCCACUGCUGCUCUCCCGAUAGAGGCAUCAUCGUCGUCAGCCGAUUUCUCUCUCGCUAUCCAACAGCGAGCCGAUUUUUCAUGUGAUGUAGGCAACUUCAAAGCUAACCUGUCGUGCAAAAUUGAGGACGAUAAGGAAACUUCAUUAUAUCAGGGGAUUGACCUACUCUCUAAGCCUCAACAGUUGCUGGAUGGGAAUGUAUGCAAGGCGUAUGAUGAACCUGCUUUCAAAGUCAGUAACUUUACCCAUAUAGGGAAAUUGUCAUUAGAAGACUCGCUUUUUGAAGAGCAGACUUCGGAAUACAUGUACUCGAGCGUCUUAAAAAACAAAACUGAGAAAGACCCUCCAAAUAACCUCGACAGGUCGACACUAAGAAAUGAUUUCUCUCAGCAGACUGAAGAUGAAGAGAGUGAAUUAUCCUGCCUUCGUCAAGAUAAUGCCUAUACGCCUGAUACAUUUAUUGAGUUGAAUGAAGGUUUAAGGCCGCGAAAUGCCUUAACUACUGGUCUCCAGAGCCAACUUGAUUCAAAAGCCAUCUUUUGUAAAAUUCCUCCAGCAAAUGAAUCUAAGCUCCGAUCAAGCCCCGAGCAGUUAUGCGUUGACUUAUGCCUGGCUGGCUCAUCGCGGAUGCCAAACUGUCCAGAGUGCCCUCUACAUUUGGUAGCUAUCAAUGCACUACAAGGCGUCAUUGUUGAAUCGGUCCCACAAUUGACUUAUUUGGCUGAUGUACUGAGGGCCGAAUCGGUCGAGUGGACCACUUUGCUUCAGGUGAACGGGCCUAGUGUAAGUGAUCAGCUGGAGUGCGUGAUCGAGACAGAGACACACGAGGAUAAGGCAUCAGUUGACCUGACGAGUAUACGGAGGCUACGCAAAGCGGUGCUUGAUCUCGUCGAAUUGUGUUCUCUAGCUGGUGCUGGCCUUUCUCGUCUCACUCGUCUUGACUGUCUUCUCUCUGAAUGCCAACAGAGCCUGUGUGACAUGGGUGUUAUGGCGCGGACGACCAAGAUCGGCCUGGUGGAUAAGGCGGCUGACUUGUCGCUUUUUCUCCUUGAUGUGCGCUUGAAUCCUCGAACUUUUAUAGCAACUGAUACCUCUCAUUCUCUUGCCACUCCAGCAGAUCCAAUGAUUACUGAAGCCAUUCCUGGGGAAAGUGUUGUAGGGGCUGGGCCAGAAAUUCCGGCUGACCAACCUGAUGAGUUUUCCCAGCUUUUUGAUUGGUUUUUCAUCACUUGUCAAGUCUCACUCCAAUGGAAUGAUGACUGGACAGCUUGCCUUUCUCUCCAAGGAGCAGGGGAGUCCAAGUCGGAAGCAUUCCGCAAGGCAAUCAACGGACUUCUUGGACAUCUAGAGGCCGUUGGAGAUCGGCUUGCUGCAGCUUUGACCGAGAACGACCACCUUCGUGACCAGUUGGAUCGAGAGCGUGGUCUCGUGGAGCUGUCAAGGCGUGUGGAGAAUUGGAGCAGCCAAUCGGCUGACCUGGCGCAUAUUUCACUCACGUUAACUCAAGAGGAGAAUGAUCUUCUGGAAGAGCAAGUCGAUAAUAACCAGAAUUCAGAAAAGACGAAGGCAGGGAUGGAAACCAGACCGGAAGACAUUUUCGUUAAGUCCAUCCAAACUUUCGAAGCAUCUGGUCGAGGCGAUUCCUCCGGAAAUCUUCUUGCUGAAAAGGCAAGUCAAUUUUUUGGUUAUCCUAUUUGCUUAGAAUCUAUGCUCUUUUUCCAUCCAAAUUUAUAA